UUAAUUGCGUAAUCAGUUUCACAAGCAUUAUGUGUUCCGCUGUUAGAUUUUAUCAAACUUUAACGGUGUGUCUGCGAUUUUAAAGCUCACAUUUAUAGUCACACAUCACAGAAGUUCGAGAGCAGCUUGCGUUUAUGUUGUUGUUUUGUGUUAUUAAAGCGACGCCGAGAGCAGGUGGGUGAAUGUAGCCCCGAGUUAGCUCAGUUAGAGGCUAAUCAGACACUGCUAACCGGAAGAAAAUGAACCAUAAAAGUAAGAAGAGAAUAAAAGAGGCGAAGCGGAGCGCCAGACCCGAGCUGAAGGACUCCCUAGACUGGAUGAAACACGGUUAUUAUGAGAACUUCGACGUGUCGCAUCAAACCGUGAAGGACAACGUGGAGCGUGUGGACGCGCUGCACCUCUCUCCAGAGGAGUUCAUCUUGCGCUUCGAGCGACCCUACAAACCCGUCGUCCUCCUCAACUGCCAGGAGAGCUGGCCAGCUCGGGAGAAAUGGACGCUGGAGCGCCUCAAACGCAAAUACCGCAACCAGAAGUUCAAGUGCGGUGAGGACAACGACGGCUACUCUGUGAAGUUGAAGAUGAAGUAUUAUGUGGAGUACCUGGAGUCCACGCACGACGACAGCCCGCUCUACAUCUUCGACAGCAGCUAUGGCGAACACGCCAAGCGCCGCAAACUGCUGGACGACUACGAGGUGCCGCUCUUCUUCAGGGACGACCUGUUCCAGUUCGCCGGGGAGAAACGUAGACCGCCGUACAGGUGGUUCGUGAUGGGCCCGGCCCGCUCCGGCACCGGGAUCCACAUCGACCCGCUGGGCACCAGCGCCUGGAACGCCCUGGCGCAGGGCCACAAGCGCUGGUGCCUGUUCCCCACUAACACGCCGCGCGAGCUCAUCAAGGUGACCCGGGAGGAGGGCGGCAACCAGCAGGACGAGGCCGUCACCUGGUUCAGUGUGGUCUACCCCCGCACCCAGCAGCACACCUGGCCGCCCGACUUCAGGCCGCUGGAGGUGCUGCAGCGGCCCGGAGAAACCGUCUUCGUCCCGGGUGGCUGGUGGCACGUCGUCCUUAACUUGGACACGACGAUCGCCGUCACGCAGAACUUCGCCAGCACUACAAACUUCCCCAUCGUCUGGCACAAAACGGUGCGCGGCCGACCCAAACUGUCCAGGAAGUGGUACCGGAUCCUGAAGCAGGAGCGUCCGGACCUGGCGGCGCUGGCUGAUAAGGUCGACCUGCAGGAGUCGACCGGCAUCGCGUCGGACAGCUCCAGCGACUCUUCGUCCUCUUCCUCGUCCAGCUCCUCCGACUCCGACUCUGAGGGGGAGUCGGGCUCCGAGGGCGACGCCGUGUCCCACCGCAGGAAGAAGAGGCGGACCUGCGGGGCGGCGGCCAAUGGCGACUCCACCAGCCAGGACGACUGCGCCAGCAAGGAGCGCUGCUCGUCCCGGUGACCUCUGGGGUCGUGACCCCUGGGUGACCUACCACCUUUAACUGUUAAACCAUUUGAUGAGGCGUUCAGGUGCUUAUGUAGACUAAAGGUCCAGGAUGGAUGCUGCUCUGGUGAACUCUGACCUUUCUGGACUAGACUGAGGCCUUCACCUGAACGCUGCAGCCAAGCCUCGGCUUCUGGGACUCCAGUUGUGCCAAAAACAGGAAGUGAUGUCACGUGGUUCCCUGGUUUUUAUGAAACACUUUAGCGUUGCCUGACCGUCGGAUCUGUUUUCUGGGCCUUAAAAUAAAGAAUUUCUGAGGAAAA